AUGGAGCUCAGUACCUCCAAGUCCAGUGAUUCCGAGGAGGACUUCAUGGAGGAAGAGGAGGAGGAGGAGGAGGAGGAUGAGGAGGUGGAGGAGGAAUCCGAGGAGGAGUGUGUGAGAGAGGAAGUGCUCAUCCCUGCUAAACCUUUGCAACACACCGCCUCAAAGCCACUUAAGAAUGGGGCUCACUUACCCAGGGUAGCCAAGAAAAUUCCAAAGAAAACUGUAGCCACGACUGAAGCCGAGGCUGGGAGGAGAAAGAGAAGGCGGAAACGCAGACCCCUGACCAUCAACCUGACCAACUGCAAGUAUGAGAGCGUGCGGCGGGCAGCGCAGGUCUGUGGCCUGAAGGAGGUGGGGGAGGACGAAGAGUGGACGGUGUACUGGACAGACUGCUCCGUCUCACUGGAACGAGUCAUGGACAUGAAGAGGUUUCAGAAAAUCAACCACUUCCCUGGUAUGACGGAGAUCUGCCGCAAAGACCUGCUGGCCCGGAACCUGAACCGCAUGCAGAAGCUCUAUCCCACCGAGUACAACAUCUUCCCCCGGACCUGGUGUCUCCCGGCAGACUACGGCGACUUCCAGGCCUACGGGCGCCAGCGGAAGACCCGGACUUUCAUCUGCAAGCCAGACAGCGGCAGCCAGGGCCGCGGCAUCUUCAUCACCCGGAGCCCGCGGGAGGUCAAGCCAGGGGAGCACAUGAUCUGCCAGCAGUACAUCUCCAAGCCCUUCCUCAUCGAUGGCUUCAAGUUUGACAUGCGGAUCUACGUCCUGAUCACAUCCUGUGACCCUCUUCGCAUCUUCAUGUAUGAGGAAGGCCUGGCCCGCUUUGCCACCAGGCCCUAUGUGGAGCCCACCAAUAACAACCUGGAAGAUGUCUGCAUGCACCUAACCAACUAUGCCAUCAACAAACGCAAUGAGAAUUUUGUCCGGGACGACUCCACGGGCAGUAAGAGGAAGCUGUCGACGCUCAACGCCUGGCUGCAGGAGCAUAGCCAUGACCCCCGGGAGCUGUGGGAGGACAUCGAGGACAUCAUCAUCAAGACCGUCAUCUCGGCCCACCCCGUCCUCCGCCACAACUACCGCACCUGCUUUCCCCAGUACCUGAGCGCAGGCAUCUGUGCCUGCUUUGAGAUCCUUGGUUUUGACGUCUUGCUGGACCACAAGAUGAAGCCGUGGCUGCUGGAGGUAAACCACUCUCCGAGCUUCACCACCGACUCCCGUCUGGAUCGAGAGGUGAAGGACGCGCUUCUGUGUGACUCCAUGACGCUCGUGAACCUCAGGGGCUGUGACAAGAGGAAGGUGCUGGAGGAGGACAAGCGGCGUGUGAAGGAGCGGCUGCUCCAGUGCCACCUGCCGCUGCGGGAGAACAGGCAAGAACAGAUGGAGUCCUCCCAGGCAGCCAUGCGGGACCAGGAGCGAUACGAGGACUCCCACCUGGGCGGGUACCGGAGGAUCUACCCCGGGCCGGACUCAGAGAAGUAUAAGCCCUUCUUCAAGCACUACGGCUCCCUCUUCCAGGAGACUGCCGCCUCCAAGGCCAGAGAGGAGUGUGCCAGGCAGCAACUGGAAGAGAUUCGCCAGAAGCAGGAACAAAAAGAGAACUCAGGCACCAGAAAGAGAAAGGACAAGGACCAGAGCCUGGGAGAGUCCGUCGGGGAGAAGAGUCGAUGCGGGGCAAGGCCGCAGGGCCUCUGCACUCACUUGGCUCACCGGAACCGGCACCAGGAAAAAGAGCAGCUACAAGUACUGGACACCAUGAAGCCUCAAGAAAUUGUGGAAGAGGAGGAGCUGGAGCGGAUGAAGUGCAUGCUGCAGAGGGAGAAUCUUAUCCGAAGCCUGGGUAUUGUAGAGCAGCUUCACCGAAUGCUGCACCCCAACCACCGGGGCCAGAAAAAUCUUCCUGAGUAUCGGCCUAGACAUCACGAGGACGGGCUGGGCGGUCAAGAACUGCAACCUCUGAAUCUGGUGCCGUUGGUGCUCCUGAGAGGGGCCGCGUCAGAGCAGGGGCCCCUUCACAUCGCGCAACCACUUCGGCCCCAGGUAUUGACCCCCAGGGUCUUAGGGCCACUGUCAAGCAUGAAUGCGGCAACCACCCAGCGCCUGAAGCCCAAGAACUUCAACUGGACGGGAGACCCGGCCGCCACUGGCUCCUGCUCAUCCUCAACCAAGAGCCACAGGAGGCACUAUUUUUCCAGCGCCAGAGUCCGGCUCACUAGUCAAAGCCAGGCCAGCAGGAGGCUGGAGGCCAUCAAUCGGAACCUGGCCGGAUCGGUGCCACCGACCUUGACCCCGAAGCAGGGCUACGUCCUGCAGCGGGACAGGGAGGACGGGCCUGUGUGGAGCGAGGGCGCCGCGCCCUCCGGGGCGCACCCCGAGCGCAGGGCGGCCCGGGCCCGGGCGCACCCGCUCUGCCCCGCCUCGGCGCCCGUGACGCAGCCGCAGCGGGCCGGCGCCGCGCUCAACCUCAGCCAGUACCGGUGA